AUGACUGAAGUCUCUCAGCCAAUGGAAAGGGUAUCGGUAGAUCUGAUAGAUUUCAUGGGUUCUACAAGAGGCAAUAGGUACGUCUUGUCAAUCACUGAUCAUUUUACAAGGUACUUGCAGGUGUGCCAGAUAAUCCAGACCCGAACUCACUACACAACACGGUAUCAUCCAGAGGCCAAUAGGAUGGUAGAGAGGAGCAACAAGGUAGUGAAGGAUGCAUUAGCUACACUGGUUGGAGAGUAUCCUGAUAGCUGGGAUGAGAUGUUACCAUUUGUACGACUUGCCCUUAAUAGUACAGUGCACAGAAGUGAUACUGAUGAAGAGACGGCCCAAAUAUUGAGAGGUAACCUGCGAGAUGCGAGACUGACUGCGAAGGAAGCGGCACGAAAGGCCCAACGAGGAUGGGCCCGAGAUUACAACCGCCGGGUGCGGCAAAGGUUUGACCCUGCGGAAGGAGAUCUUGUCCUGCUCCGGAACUUCGCUCGCCCAGGUGGUUCGGCCAGAGCAUUGGGACCAAGAUGGAAUAAACCUGUUCGCAUCGUCAAGAAGAUUGGGCCAGUAAAUUAA